CAUCGGAAGCUCCUGUCUCUGCUUGACAGUUUGGACAAGCCUCUACAAAAUCAUCCAAUUGUACAACCAGUGAAAAGUAGCGGAGAUGAUUUGGACAGAAGGCAUGGGUAGAGAGCACACCAAGGACUACGGGGACAUGCAGUACUGUGAGACCCUGUUUCUUGUUUGUGCUUUUUACAGUAAGAAGCACCGGACCAGCAUCUGGAGACUGAGUAGUGCGAUUGCUACCAGGACUAACAUUGCUCAUUCCCGCGACCGCAACUCUGUCGGUGCUAGCAUGAGGCGUCGUUGGCGACAACGCAUACCGAUCUUCAAAAAAAAAGUCGCAGCCAACACCUCAAGUGGGGACUUUUGGGCAACUAUGCGCUUGGGCCGACUCUUCGAUUGUGGGAGGAGUGAAACUGGAUUGUUGUUGUUGUUUGUGGGAGCAAGGAAGACGAGAAGCGGUUGGUGA